AUGGAGGAGGACUUAUCUUCCCCUCCAGGAGCUGAAGACACCGGCGCUAGCAACACCGGCGCCGGCACCGAAGACGCUGGGAGGGCAGAACCUUUGGUUCCUCCCGUCCCCAAGAAGAUGAAGAAAAAGACCACUGCUUCCCCCUCCAAGACCGUGCCGGAAUCUUCCGCGCCGGCUGCCUCUCCUCUGGCCAAGGGAACGCCGGAAGCCGCUGCGCCCACCAAGGAAGCAACGCCAACACCUCCGGCAGCUCCUUCUGGCAAACCUUCUGCCGCGAAGCCAACUCCUCCGGAAGGCGCCAAGUUUACCGCCCAGCAACUUGCUGCGGUGGUUACAGCAGCGACCUCCCCUUCUUCCGGCUCGCAGUCACUAGUACUACACGCCGGCCGCGCCGCCGUUGCGGCCAGUGAGACGGCCUCAGCUCAGCUGGGCCAGAUCACUGAGCUUCACCGUGGAGAGGCCGACCUGGGGCCUCUGCUUGAUUACGCUGAGAAGUGGAAUCAGGCAGAUCUGUCUCCAGCGACCCGUGGCCUCGGGAAGGAUAAGCUUCCGGUAAUCGACCCUUCCGGCCCGCAGAGUACCGGGCAGCACCUCAGCCGGCUCCGGCGCGGGGUAAAGGAAUUCGACACCGCGUGGCACGACACCAACAGCAACGUGGUGGAAUGGAAAGGGCGGAGAAGGGCCACAUUCCAUAGUAGCUCACCGGUCAUCAUCACCUUGACGCUGCCAGCGGCGCGGUCGGAGCGCAGCCCGCAAGUUGCCAGAGAUCUUGGUGUAUCCGGCACCACCAGCACCAGCGAUGGGCACUGGGGCUUCGGCGCGGUGCCGAGGUAG